AUGACCGUGGAGGAGAACAUUGUCUGGUCCCGGAUACUAAAGGACAUCGUCGUCACGGCUCAACAUGGUAAUGAUGGCAACCAAAUUGUAGCAGCAACCAAGACUUUGCAGCAAACAGCCCACCAAUUCGCCAAGGUGCUCAAUGAACGUGCGAGACUCUUAGCCAACAGUGCCCAGUUUGAUGCAGCGUUACAUGAUGCAGCAGCCAUAAGAGCCAUGAUACCGAGAUCAGGGAUUGGAUAUUUGUGUACAGGAGACGUGUAUUGUCAACAAGGCAAUCAUGCAGCAGCAAUUGUCAUAUACCACCGAGGGCUUAAAUCAGUGCCAAAAUCAGAUGCCUGUUACCAGCAACUCCAACAACAUCGAAAGGAUGCAAUAGCCAACAACAACAAACGCGUGGAUUUUGUCAGCCGGUUGCCAUUGGAUAUUGUUGUUACCAACAUUGCACCAAGGUUGGAGCCAUAUCACUACGAGCGGAGUGAGCACCACGAGCCUCUUUAUGUAUCACGUGCAUGGCGGAAGCGUUUCCUUCAGCAACCUAACGGCUUGAUCUUUGGUUUUGGCGAGGAGAGCGAGACAUUUGCGAGAGGACAUACAGAACUUGUUCGGUUUGCACCCUAUGUACAGCUGUUAUCAGGCUCUUUCUCUGACGAUGUGCGGUUGGAUGAUCUCUUUAAACGAGCACGGUUUUCAAAUCUAAAGAGAUUAGAGAUAACCGGUGAUGAAACGUCCCCUCGUCUUCCAUUGGUCAAUGGUCUUCGCCUGAUUGCCUGUACGCUGACGCACUUGUCCAUUAAGGUCUACCCUAGUGUUCAGUUACGUGACAUUCUGGAAACAUGUCCAAACCUUGUAUUUCUGGAUGCAGAGAAUGUGGAUUGUGUUAUGCCUUCAUCGCCUUCAUCACGUUAUCCCAAGAUUACGCACCUAGCAAUCCACGAGAUGCCCGAAGAAGAUCGCAGCCAUGAUAAUGUCAUUGAUAUCCUCAGCCGAUUUCCUUCUUUAUUGUCAUUCGAGAUUACACCAAUGCCCGACUCUGGUGUCUUGACGGUUCUACGCAAUUAUUUCCCAUAUUUGCAGGUGCUUUAUUUCGGAGACAAGAAUCAUAGCCAAGAGAAAAAAGAUGUUCGACCCAACGGACGAAAAGGAGUGAUAUCGGCUCAUUUGGGAGGAUCGGGUGGCAACGACUAUAGGCGCGAUGACCUACUUCAAUUCUUGCAUUUGAAUCGAAAUUCAUUGGAAGAGCUUGAGUUUUGCGGCGACAUUGAUGAUGAUGACUCUUUUUGGAAAUUGGAGAAUGGAAAAGUGAUACAACAGAGGGAUAAUCAAUAUUCACCUUUACGUUCUGGCGAUGAUGAUGAUCCAACCCAAACUGGCACUUCAUUCAUGCGGCUAGGUAGCAUUGAAUUUACGGGCGCUGAACCGGAUGCAUGCAGUCCUUUUAUCACAUGGUUGAUAUCGAACGCUCCCAAUCUGAAAACCACCCUCCUCAACCAAUCCUAUAUCCAGUCCAACGUUGCAAACGCCAUGAUUCAGUCAAAGCGUCUUUCCAAGUUAACGCUCUAUGAGAGGUCGGCAGAUGAUGAGGAUUAUGAAGGCAUGAUUCAGUUCUUGCAGCACCAUAUUGAGAUGGGGGAUCAAUCAACACUUGAAGAAAUUAUCACUUACAAGAUAUCACCUGAAAUGGCGUGGAUACCAUUAGCUACGAGGCUAAAACGUCUAAAGAAGCUCAAAUUUCUCGCUAGUGACAUUUCCGAAGAUUGCAUCCCCCUCAUGGAACAGAUAGGCCAAGGCUGCCCCGCUCUCAAAAAGUUAAUUCUUGGCAUGCCUUAUGCUGAGUUACCUGAUGGUCUUUUGGAGCCUUUGUAUGGACAUCCGAGUCUUGAAAUCCUUAAGAUUGGAACUAGAUCUUUAUCUGCCAACUACGCUAUUACUUUGUGUACAUUCAAGAAUUUAAAAUCACUCGAACUUGAAUGCGAUGUUUCAGGUGAUAUACUUGACCUAUUAGAAUACCAUCUACCAAAAGUCGAGCUUUAUCCUGACCCAUGGAGGUAG